UCUAUUCAAAGUAUUGGAGUUACAUUGAUGAGUUAAUAUCUUGUUCAAUCUUGUUAUUAUUUGUAUAUUUGUAGUUUUUGUAUGCAUUCAUUCACAUUUGUAUCGGUUUCUUCAACCACGAUCUAUCAAGAUCUCACCACCACUUUCUUCAUCAUCUCCGCAUUAGGGUUUCAUUCCUUCAAAUGCUACCUUCUUCAUCCACAUGCUAAACAUCAAUUUAGGGUUCUACAAUGGUUUUUGCCCCAAUUCGCUGAACCAUUGUGGUGUUGGUUGAUUUCUCUUACCCUUUAUUCAACUUUCAUUCUUUCUCAAAAAAAAAUCCCAUUUUUCUUUCACCCACUUCUUCACGUUUCUUUCUUUCUCAAAAAUAUCCAUUUUUUCUUUGACCCACUUGUUCAAACUUGAAAUUGAAAUUCUGGGUUUGUAUAGUUUUUUCUGAAGAAAGUGUUGUAUUGUAGAGUAUAUUGUGUAUUGUUGUUGUUUUUGUGUUUUUGAAGAUGAAGAGAUUGAAAAAUGAAUCUCUUAAUUCUAGGAAGUUUAGGUUAUCUCAUUUUUUGUUUGGUGUUGGGGUUUUGUACUUGAUUUUUCUUUCAUGUAAUUUUACUAAGUUUCUGAAAAUUGUAUCAACAUUGAGUGGUGAUGAAAGUGAUGGUAGGUUAGAUGGGGGGAUAGCUAUUGGGGUUUCUGAUGAUGCUGAUUUGACCAAACCUUUUGUUGGUUCUGUUUAUAAAGAUGCAUUUCAUAGAAAGUUGGAGGAUAAUAGGGAUUUGGAUGCUCCCUUGAGGCCGAAAGAGGAACCGAAGAAGGAGGGGGAGGAGGAGGAUGGUGCUGACGGUGAAUCUAUGAAGGAUAUUCCGCAGGGGUUUGGUAGGAUUACUGGAGAUUUUAUGUUAAAAAUGAAUAAGACGAGUGCUUUGUCUGUUCUUGAGAAAAUGGCGGAUGAGGCAUGGACAUUAGGAUUGAAGGCUUGGAAAGAAGUAGAAAUGGUUGAUGAUAAGGAGAUUGUAGAAAGCUCUGUUAUUGAAGGAGGAAAGGCUGAGUCUUGUCCUUCUUGGAUAUCGAUGAGCGGGGAAGAUAUGUUGAAAGGGGAUGGAUUGAUGUUUCUUCCAUGUGGGCUCGCUGCAGGUUCUUCGAUUACUGUAGUGGGGACACCACAUUAUGCUCAUAAGGAGUAUUCUGCCCAGCUUGCGAAGAUUAGGAAGGGUGAUGGAUUGGUUUCGGUUUCACAGUUUAUGUUUGAGUUACAAGGGCUAAAGUCAGUGGAAGGGGAAGACCCUCCAAAGAUUCUUCACUUGAAUCCUCGUCUAAAAGGGGAUUGGAGCAAACGUCCGGUUAUUGAGCAUAAUACAUGUUAUCGAAUGCAUUGGGGAACAGCUCAAAGAUGUGAUGGUCGGCCAUCUGAGGAUGAUGAUGGAAUGCUUGUUGAUGGGUUUAGAAAGUGUGAAAAAUGGAUGCGGAAUGACAUUGUUGAUUCAAAAGGGUCCAAAGCAACAUCAUGGUUCAAACGGUUCAUAGGGCGUGAGCAGAAACCAGAAGUGACCUGGCCAUUUCCUUUUGCAGAGGGUAGAAUGUUUGUCCUUACACUGCGGGCUGGUGUUGAUGGAUACCAUAUUAAUGUUGGCGGUCGCCACAUGACUUCGUUUCCAUACCGAACAGGUUUUACACUUGAAGAUGCCACAGGGUUGGCAGUUAAAGGAGACCUUGAUCUUCAUUCUGUUUUUGCUACAUCUCUUCCUACUUCACACCCAAGUUUCUCACCUCAAAGAGUACUGGAAAUGUCAGAGACCUGGAAAGCCAGUGCUCUACCCAAACACCCUAUUAGACUUUUUAUUGGAGUUCUUUCUGCUUCAAAUCACUUUGCAGAACGAAUGGCAGUUCGAAAAACAUGGAUGCAAGAUGCUGCAAUCAAGUCUUCAGAUGUAGUAGUACGAUUCUUUGUUGCAUUGAAUCCAAGAAAGGAAGUAAAUGCAGUGCUGAGGAAGGAGGCUGCUUAUUUUGGUGAUAUUGUCAUUUUGCCCUUUAUGGACCGCUAUGAGCUUGUUGUGAUUAAAACCAUUGCUAUCUGUGAGUUUGGGAUUCAAAAUGUGACUGCUGCACAUAUCAUGAAAUGUGACGAUGACACUUUUGUAAGAGUGGAUACUGUCCUGAAGGAAAUUGAAGCUGUACCCCGGGAAAAGUCCCUUUAUAUGGGUAAUCUCAAUCUCCUGCACCGGCCUCUUAGACAUGGCAAAUGGGCAGUUACCUAUGAGGAGUGGCCAGAAGCAGUAUAUCCACCUUACGCCAACGGUCCUGGAUACGUAAUUUCGAAAGAUAUUGUCAAUUUCAUCAUAUCUCAACACAAGGAUAGGAAGCUGAGGCUCUUUAAAAUGGAAGAUGUAAGCAUGGGAAUGUGGGUUGAGAGAUUCAACCACACGGUAGGUGCUGUUCAGUACUCGCACAACUGGAAGUUUUGUCAGUAUGGAUGCAUGGAUGGCUACUUCACUGCACAUUACCAAUCACCAAGACAGAUGGUUUGUCUAUGGGACAAAUUGUCGAGGGGUCGGGCUCGUUGCUGCAACUUCAGAUAAUAACAAUUUGCAACUCUACCCCCACUUUGGUUUACCAUUGUCAUAAUAUUGUUGUGAUUAUCUUAGAUAGUUAGUAUUUGGAGAAAAUCACCAUGAUGACAAAAUGUAUGACACAUUCAAUUUGAGUGAAAUAGAAUUUAGCAAACCAGUGAAAGUUACAUAUCAAAUGAAACUGCGAGUCUUUAAGGAUUGUGGUCAUAUGGAUAGCAAAAUCUUGCUUUAAUGUGCAAAAAACAAACGAUUUCAUUUCUAGUGAAAGCUUCUGCAGAGUCACUUGAAGCUUUUAAGCUGUUUCUUUAUUAUAAUGUGGUAAAAGGAAAAUUCUUUUCCUUCUCAUU